GAAUAUCUCCUUCGCGUCCACAUCAAACCAUUGAAGUUUUGUGUCAAGUAAAGAGAAUAGUUCGACAUUAAUUUUAGCCAUGGAAAUUUUUCCUUUGCUUACUCAUCUCCGUCCACAGCAUGUCGUUUCCCCGUUUCCGCGAAACUCGUAAUCAAAUUUGUACAGCCAAUUCCAGCUACCUUUGACCCCCCCGCCCAACGUUACACGUUAGCGACAUUAGAUAGCUUCAUACAAAUGUCAAAAUGUUUUCGAAACCAUGUUGUGGAUCACUUAUUUUGGCUUGAAACACUGACUGAAAUGGAAGAAGAGGCCAAGAUUAUUGCUCGGAUCACUGUCAGCGACACGGUCGCUCGUAUAAAUUUAGGAAUUGUUGUGUCCUUGUCCGCAUUAGUGGCUCUAACUGCAAGCUUUUUGCUUGGUCUCCUUGUGUUGACGUCAUACAUACUGGGCCUGGCCCUCUUCUAUUUCCUAUUCAAGCAAAGGAAUGCUUUGGGCAAUCUGUUACAAAUUUUCAUUGGUGAGACCUCAACGGAUGAUGACAAAAGCCACAAGGCCACAGGUUGUUAUGUUUGCGGAGAUGGCUCCUGCAGCCGUAGCAAAGAAUCACAUCUUCAUGCCUCUCAUCAUGAUGAUAUAAUGAUAAAUGCCGAACUGGAUGAAUCUAUUGAAAGUUUGUUGAACAGGAUAUUAAAGGAAUUUGUAGACUCCUGGUAUUCCCAAAUAUCUUCAGAUAAUGCAUUUGAACUUGAGCUGAGAGUUUUGUUGAGACGUGCAUGUACUAUUCUGCUUCAGAGAGGAUUAAAGAUAAACUUAGCAGAAAUAAUCUUUCAGAAGCUUUUGCCCGCUGGAGUGCGUCAUUUAGAAGACUAUUUAAUAAUUCGGGAAACAUCACAAAAUCAAAGGAUCCCCUUUGUUAGAGCAGCAGUUCAGCACCUUGGCACUCGUCUUCAUCCCGCUACCCUCAAUCGGGAGAGGGAGCUAGAAUAUCUUCGGCAGCUAACUGAGUGCAUUAUGCCCUGCUUGGCGACUAAUACUCAACUUCGGUGCCAAAACUUUAGUGCAUUAGUAAGGGAACUCUUAGCAGGCUGGGUUCUGCUGCCCUUGGCUGAUGUGUUAGCCGAUCCAUCAAUCCUGAAUAGCCUUCUCUUAUUACUUCUUGGCCAUCAACAGCUUACCCAGUAUAAGGAUGUCAAUGAACCCAAAGUGAAUUUUUUAAAGAAGUUUGUGGGUCUUCCUUCAAAACCUUCUUCUGCUAUUCAUCCAGACUUGUCAAGUAUAUUAAAAGAACAGAAACUAUUGUACCCUUUUAUGCAGUUUCUUAAAGGGGAGGGAGCUGUAAACAUAUUGCAGUUCUGCUUAGAUGUUGAGGAAUUUAAUAGAAAAAUGCUUACUCCAGACAUAAGUUCAGAAGAAAAAGAUUUGUUGUACAAAGACGCCAUGGACUUAUAUUCAGUUUAUUUUAAUCCAGUAUCACCUGACAGUAUUGGUCUUCCAUCUGACAUAGUUGAAAAUAUGAAACAAGUUUUAACUGAUGAUGUUGGCAAGCUACGAACAUCCCCUCCACUAUUCCAAGCCUAUGAACAUGCAUACAGCAUAUUAGAAAACAAGCUUUGUCCGUUAUUCCAUGCAAGUGAUGAUGCUAUGAAGACAAAUUAUGGAUGCACAGACUCAAAAGAAAAUUUCAAACAAUUCUUCAAGAGAAGGCGCAGAUGGUAUCGAUACACCUUUUUCAGGUGGCUGGCUGGACCUAGAGUCCUGGUUACUGGCGUACGAUCAGGAAAUAACUCUCCUUUGUCGCAAGGAUCACCGGCAAGAAAUAGAUCCAACAGAAAGGCCAAUGAAAAUGUAGGUGCUGUUGCUCGCAUAAGCAGUCGUCUUCACAAGAUCAAAGGUGUACUCAGGGGACCUGUGGAAGGUCACACAUUUGACUCAGACCCAGGCAUUGACCUUGUUGACCCAGACUUUGCUGAAGAUAUGCAGUUAUCAGACUCUACAGAUCGAGAUUUGAGUGCAUGGAGAGUUUCCAUACCUUCGGUUCAAACAAAACUUGAUGCCAGCAAUAAAUCAUAUUCAGUGUUUUACAUAGAUGUACAGAAAGUUGAUGGAAUGAAAGAAGUUGUGGAGGAAAAUGAAGGGAAUCAUUGGACAGUAGAAAGGAGGUACACUGAUUUUUAUGCCCUUGAAGCCAAACUAACUGAAUUCCAUGGAGAAUUUACGGAUAACCAACUUCCAUCUCGAAGAAUGCUGUUCUUUUCAGCCCCAAAUGCACAGUUUCUGGAGAGUCGCAAACAGGCUUUUGAGGAAUAUAUCCAGAAGUUGCUUUCAAAGCCUUCCCUUCGUGGAAGUGACUUACUUUAUGCAUUUCUCCGGGUACCUGGCGAGUUCUCUGAGAUGAACUCCAGCCCAGAUGCUCUCAGUCGUCUCUUACGACGAACUGUCCCUUUGACUUUGAGGAAGGAAAGGGGCCAACACCUAGAGCCAUUCAUCAAUAUAUUCUUUUCUUCUACCGAGGGUAAAAAGAUAAGCAAACUAGAGUACAAAGAUGUGAGUCAGGAAAGUCCACCAGCUCGUGAUUUUCGUAAUAUCAUUGGCCCUGUAUUUCGUGAUAAUUUUAGCCUGACAGAAGAACCUGCCCUAAGCUCUAGUAACUCAGAUGUCCCUCUUCUGAAAUCAUCUCUUCCCAGCAAUGAUCGGUUGAAAGGUUUUACAAAUUCCUUAAUUCACAUUGGUGUUGUUGCGUACAAUAUCUCCCAACCAUCCCUUCGCAUUGCUAUGUCACUUCAAGCAUUGGUUGGGCAGACUUUGGAUGCAGUUGUGUCUUAUUUUGUUGGUCGAGCUCUGAAAACAUUGUUAGUGGCACCACGUCUGGCACAUCUUAUUCAUUUACUACAAGGAGCAAUUUUCAACAGUAAAAGCACUCAUUGGAACUCCAUGGAAAUAGAAGAGCGGGCAUGCCGUGAGUUAGAUCAAUUAUGCACUAAAUUUUGGCUUGCAAAGUUAGCUGCCCCAGCAUUUAAGGGAGCUUUUUGUGCUGUGCAGUGUCCACAGCUAAAUAAACAACUUUUAUAUACUCUGCUGGAUUUAAUUGUUGAAGAGCUGUUUCCAGAAAUUUGUCAUUCCUGUUAGAAUAAUUUAUAAAGGGAAAGGAACCUUCAGUAUUUGGAAAUGAGAAAUGGCCUAGUCAGAACAUUCUUUUGGUUGAUGGCAGUGUCUUAAGCAGUGCUUUAUGUUUCUUUGCCGUUCUCUAUGAGUGGUACAGGGUACAUUUAGUAUCUGGUUGUUUCAUACAAGAACUAAAAGCUUUCAAUGUAUUCAUUCCAUGUUCAAAUUUAAUUUUGGUUGCAGAAUUGAAGAUGAACACAAUUGUAUAUGUGCUAUGGUAGAAAUUGGCAAUUAGAUUAGGUACUGUUUUUACUUUUAUGAUUUUUUUUUUACUUUGUUUUCCUCUCUUGCCUUUCACAUUAGAAGUGAAAUGAGGUACUCAUUUUCUGUGAUUUUUCCUAGCUGAAACUGAAAUCUUGUAUCAAUAAGAAAGGUGUUCAUCCAGAUAUAAUUUAUAUAGGUGUAUAUAUCUCUCAUUUGUUGACAUUUUUAAUGCAUAAUUUGUGACUAAGAGGUCUGUGAUGAUGAUAUUAUAUCUAUGAGAGUGAACCUGGGGUGUAAUUGUUUUAGUGUGAAAACCAUACUAUUGAUAUUACGUUCCAUGUAUCCCUUAGUUACCAACUGUUUUUGGUGAACAUGGUAUGGGAAUGUUAUUUUUUUCAAUAUGACUUUGAUCUCUAGUCUACUUUUAGUUGUAAGAUGGGAACAUUUUGUAAGGUGAUAAUUAUUUUUGCAUAUGUAUUCUGUGGUCUGUCUGGAAAGUAUCAAGUGAACUUGAGCUGCCAUGCUUUACAGAUGGUGUUUUAGUGUUAUGGGCAGUACUGGGGAAGUUUUCCAUAGGUCUUGUAUUGCAACCAAAUCAGAAGGACAAUUUGUUACGCAAUUUGCUGUAUUUUAAUUCCUUGUUUCAAGAGUGUUUCAUUUUGUCAAAGGUGAGCAUUUAAUUAAGGUGAAU